AAUAAUAAUAAUAAUAAUAAUAAUAAUAAUAAUAAUAAUAAUAAUAAUAAUAAUAAUAAUAAUAAUAAUAAUAAUAAUAAUAAUAAUAAUAAUAAUAAUAAUAAUAAUAAUAAUAAUAAUAAUAAUAAUAAUAAUAAUAAUAAUAAUAAUAAUAAUAAUAAUAAUAAUAAUAAUAAUAAUAAUAAUAAUAAUAAUAAUAAUAAUAAUAAUAAUAAUAAUAAUAAUAAUAAUAAUAAUAAUAAUAAUAAUAAUAAUAAUAAUAAUAAUAAUAAUAAUAAUAAUAAUAAUAAUAAUAAUAAUAAUAAUAAUAAUAAUAAUAAUAAUAAUAAUAAUAAUAAUAAUAAUAAUAAUAAUAAUAAUAAUAAUAAUAAUAAUAAUAAUAAUAAUAAUAAUAAUAAUAAUAAUAAUAAUAAUAAUAAUAAUAAUAAUAAUAAUAAUAAUAAUAAUAAUAAUAAUAAUAAUAAUAAUAAUAAUAAUAAUAAUAAUAAUAAUAAUAAUAAUAAUAAUAAUAAUAAUAAUAAUAAUAAUAAUAAUAAUAAUAAUAAUAAUAAUAAUAAUAAUAAUAAUAAUAAUAAUAAUAAUAAUAAUAAUAAUAAUAAUAAUAAUAAUAAUAAUAAUAAUAAUAAUAAUAAUAAUAAUAAUAAUAAUAAUAAUAAUAAUAAUAAUAAUAAUAAUAAUAAUAAUAAUAAUAAUAAUAAUAAUAAUAAUAAUAAUAAUAAUAAUAAUAAUAAUAAUAAUAAUAAUAAUAAUAAUAAUAAUAAUAAUAAUAAUAAUAAUAAUAAUAAUAAUAAUAAUAAUAAUAAUAAUAAUAAUAAUAAUAAUAAUAAUAAUAAUAAUAAUAAUAAUAAUAAUAAAUGGGAAAAAACAAUAUCUCAAGUCUGUAUCGAUUGGCAAAAAUAA